ACUGAAUAGUCUGGAAAAUACAAAGCUUCCCUCUGCUGGGAGUGGGCCACUGAUGAAAAUUUGUAUUCCAAGCACAUUUAGGGCCGAGAAAAGUUCCUUGAAAUCUUCUUUGACAUACAGCUGUUCUCUGUAGAUGUCAUUUGCUCCAACAUGCACAAUGAUGCGCUUGAUAGUUGCAUAUUUUGACACCAGUUCUGCAAGCUUGUUUUUUGUGUCAGACACUGAAGCAUUUGGGAAACAACAUACAAUCAUCCUUUCCCCAUUUAUAUGUCUCACAGCAAAGUCGCCUAGAACGAGGGUUGUGGGAUGAAUAGGGGUCGAGUGCUGCUUCUUGUCUGUGCCCAUCUUUCUUUUGUUGUGGUUUGAUCGCUGCGCUGCUCUGUAGCUACGAGCUGCCUGAACCUGUGCCUCACCUCCCAUGCAUAAAUGCUUAGGAUGGAGACGGAAAGUAGGCUAUGUUUUCUCCUCUGAUGCAGCCAGUGUUGUGACUGCUGCGUACAGAACAGACGCGAUGUCAAGUGGCGUGAACUGCCCCCUACGUAAGCGGUGAUGCUUUCCGGCUGUACCAUUAUUGAAGUAAAUUAGUAAUUCAAUAGUUCGUCAAUAGUUGUCAAUGUGGGCCUAUAGAAUAUCUUAGGCUGCAUAAUAACUACGAGUAAAAACCAUACACCAUCUAUCUCUUCACGAAGCAUUUUGCAGUCUGUCAGUUGAUCUCCCUCUGAGGUGGUGGGGGCCGUGUAUCUAUUUGUGCACGCGUGCUGCGUGCAUGUUUUCCUAGUCACUAAUCGUUCGAUGGCGAGAUUCUUACAAGCAAACUUUAGAAAUGUGUUGGCCACUCAGUUAAGGAUGUCAUCCGACCAGUUGGGUGAACUUGGCAAAGGUGCAGGAAAAGGUGGUGGGGGCGGAGGGUCCAUUCGAGAGGCAGGGGGUGCUUUUGGAAAGAAACAAGCAACGGAGGAGGAGAUGUACUUCAAACGUAAAGAGAAGGAGCAGUUGGGAGCUCUGAAGCAGCACCACCAGGGAGAGAUAGACCACCACAAGAAGGAGAUCGAGCGGCUGCAGCAGGAGAUCAAACGCCACGAAGGGAAAAUCAAAGAACUAAAAGACUAAAUGUGGCUUCACAGAAGUGCUUAAAGCUUUGUACCUGUUUCAGACUCGGUGAUCGUUUGUGUUGCAUGAUCGUUGCCCUUCAGGUCUACUUAUCUGAGUUAAAUAUGAGGUUAUUAAAAUUAGUGUUGACCUAAAUGUUGAUUUGUCUGUAGGACUAUGAUUUCUGUACUUUAAUAAAAAUGAAAAAGAAUGGGAAGGCCUGCAUCAUGUUGUAUCCUUGCUCUUGCACUAACACAGUGAUGGCCAAUUUAAGUCAAGUCAAGUUGAAGAAUGGGCUAUUUUUUGUGCAUAUGCCAUCAAGUCACACAACUCCAGUGUAAAAUGUUGCAUAUUUUUCAUAAAUCCAUCAAGUUUCAAA